UUCAUCAAGUCUGAGUGAACAUAGUGAUUUAGUAAUGUUGGUGGGAAAUAGCAAGUAGCUUGUAAUAUUAGUCGAGGUACGGCCAAACUGAUUCGAAUGCCACAAUUAUAAAAUAAAAUAAAAUAAAAGUUCCAUAUGAUUGUCCUAUGUUCAUAGUUGAGAAAAGAAUGAUGGGUCACAAAUGUAUAUAGCACCAAAAUUGUCACCAACGAAUGGAAAACUUUAUGCUGUCAUUUUGUUUAUGACACAUUUUUUUUUAAUUAGUUAAAAAAAGAAUGAUAUUUUUUCUUUUUAGGAAAAUCACUUAUUUACCCAUGCAAAAUAUUUUUUAACUUAUUUACACAUUAGGUAUUUAAAGUAUUUAAUAAAUCAAAAUGAGCCAAGAGUUUUAAGUUGGUCGCCCCCAACUUAUACUCUACUCUUAUAAGCAUUUUAGGUUUGAUCAAGUUUCUAAGGUUUUAUUCCUACUAAUUUUUUUUGUGAUCUUCGAAACACUCUUCAUAAAACAUAAUAUUUGAUUAUCUCUCUAUUCUAUUUUCGUCAUUGGUUCUUUUUUGUGCAAAAAUAAUUCUACAUUAAUAUUUUUUUUUAUAAAUAAUUUUAAGUAUUUUCGAGUUAAUUUAACAGUAAAAGUACUUAUAGGCAUUUUACCAAAUACACUAAUUACUUAUUAUCAGCUUCAACACUUCAAUGUAAAUAGGUAUAAUUGCUUCUCUACACAAUCAGUAGUUUCAGCACCUAAAAAUAUUUUUAAGUACUUGAUGUUUAUAGGCUAUUUUAAUCAGACUCAUAGUUUGUCAGACACGGUUAAAGGACCACGCGUUUUUCAUUUUCAAAGUGGGGCUUGCCCAGUGGCGGACCCAGGAUUUUGAGUUCGGGGGUGUUGGACCCAGGAAUUUUGAGUUCGGGGGUGCUCUAUUAACUAUUUAUAUCUGUUUCCUUUAUAUUUUCUAUACAACUAUACACUCCGUGACUGAGUUUAAUGGGUGCUGGAGCACCCAAAAGUUAUACAUGGGUCUGCCACUGGGCUUGCCUGUCUAUGGACUUUUUUCCACAUUAGUAAUGUUACUGGCUUUGUCUGUUGGAAUUUUGGAGUCUUGGAAUUGAAAUCAUGCAAUUACUGGGAAAUGGCCAACUUGCAGUAGUACUCAGUCAAAUGGGAAAUGGGAAUGUGAGACUUUAUGGAGGACUUUCCCAUUUAUUAUACUAUUUGAAACUUUUUCCAUUUUGUCAUCAUUUUAAAACAGAUCUCUAUUAUUAUCUAAGGAAAGAGAGCUAUGGCUUAUGCUACUGUGACCUCUCUUAUGUGGCUUAUGCUGCUGUGACCUCUCUUAUGUCAACUCUAGGAUUGCUAAUGCAAUCCAGUUCAUGUUUAAAUCUUCCCCAAGAAAAGCAAACUGUAUCUCUUCACAAAAGAAUACAAGAACCGAUUCAAUCCCUUCGUGCAAAACUUCUUUUGGUACAAGAACAGAUUCAAUCCCUUCAUAUAUAACGCCUUCUGGUCAUAUAUAUAUAUAUAUUAAUGAAUGUAAUGCAUUAAUAAACUGAAUACAUAAAACUAGACCCAUGAACAGAAGGAACAAUCAUAAGCGGGGUACAGGAACAUCAAAGACUAAAGUACUCCUAAUGCUUCUAAGAGUAGAGUAAUAUGGAAGCUCGUUUACUCGCUCGUUAGUUCAUAUCAUAAGAUCAUGCCAAAAUAAGAGAAAGAAUAGCCUUAACAUACCUUAUCCGCUUCCUAAGCUAACUAUACUUAUGUCCUCGGCUUGAAGGAUCUACACACAAGACCAAGACCAAGUAUGCCAAUUAGUAGUCUAGAACGCUUAUAUUCAACUACAACAUACCCAGUGAAUCCCACAACGUGGGGUCUGGGGAGGGUAGAGUGUACCCAAACCUUACCCCUACCUUAGGUAGGAAGGCUGUUUUCGAAAGACCCUCGGCUCAAGAAAAGGCAUAUGAAAGGUCAGAUACGGGCAAACAAAUCAAAGCAAUUAUGAAAAUGAAAACAAUGAAAAUAAAUAAGCCAUAAUAAACCAACAAAUACUCGCAGAAAUCAAGAGGCAAGAAACUAUAUAGCAAUAAAACUAAUCGUAAGAAAGGAUAAACGCGACUGCCUACUAGCUUUCUACCCUAAUAUGAGUCCUCCAUACCCUCUUAUCUAAGGUCAUGUCCUCGGUAAGCAGGAAAUGCGUCAUGUCCUGUCUAAUCACCUCUCCCCAAUACUUCUUCGGCCUACUUCUACCUCUUCUGAAACCGUCGCUAGCCAGCCUCUCGCACCUCCGCACUGGGGCAUUUGCAUCUCUCCGCAUCACAUGCCCAAACCAUCUCAGCCUCGCUUCCAGCAUCUUGUCUUCCACUGAGGCUACUCUAACCUUGUCUCGGAUGACUUCAUUCCUAAUCCUAUCGCUCCUAGUGUGCCCACACAUCCAUCGCAGCAUUCUCAUUCCGCCACUUUCAUCUUCUGAACAUGAGAUUUCUUGACUGGCUAACACUCUGCCCCAUACAACAUAGUCGGUCUAACCACCACUUUGUAGAACGCUUAUAUUCCAACUUUUAAAUUAGUCUAUAACUUAACGAAAUUCAAACAGCAUCUCCUUUGUUACUUAAUAAUCCCUCAACUUCCAAUUCAACUCAAACAUCAACAACAACACCAACAACACCAAUAUCAAUACUCACAUAUCAAAAUAUAAUCAAAUCUACUUCAAAUCCUCUCUCAAAACAGCCCCUAGUCUUACCUUAACCCUUAUUCAACUUACCACUUCCAUAACUAUAUUCCCUUUACUUAAAACCACUAAAAUUCUUGAUAACUAACUCAAACACAAAGGUAAGAAUCAUAUCCAUACCUUGAAGGGACUAGAAUACCAAGGAUCAAACUCCAACUCCAAUUCCCAAGAUUAUCAACUAAAAGAAACCCUAGGAACAACAUUUUUCUUCAUUAGCUCGGGAUUACGGGGCUCGGAUCUUACUAGAAUUUCUCCAAUAUGAUGGAAUAUGUUGAGAGGAAAUAUUUAAGGGUUUGCUUUGGUCUGAGAAUGAGAAAAUGAGGAAUAAAAUCAUGGGACUUCAUAUAUAUAGAUGGAACUAGAAAGUUCCAGUGAUGCGGUUCGACGAGCGGGUCGACGACUCGUCGAUGUGUCGACGGUCCGUCGACUUGCUCCUGCAGAUUCAGAGGUUGCGUCAACUUGCUCAUUUUUCUCACUGGUAUGGAUGACUCAAGGGGGGAAAAUGGUUUGCCUUUUUGAAAAAUUUAACUUCUCAUUUUUCACUUAAAAGUAAAUGAAUUAGGUUUCAUCAAGUCUGAGUGAACAUAGUGAUUCGGUAAUGUUGGUGGAAAAUAACAAGUAGCUUGUAAGAUUAGUCGAGGUACGGCCAAACUGAUUCGAACACCACAAUUAUAAAAUAAAAUUAAAAAAAGUUCCAUAUGAUUGUCCUAUGUUCAUAGUUGAGAAAAGAAUGACGGGUUACAAGUGUAUAUAGCACCGAAAUUGUCACCAACAAACGGAAAACUUUAUGCCGUCAUUUUGUUUAUGACACAUUUUUCUUUUUAGGUAGUUAAAAAAAGAAUGAUACUUUUUCUUUUUAGGAAAAUCACUUAUUUACCCUUGCAAAAUAUUUUUUAACUUAUUUACCCAUUAGAUAUUACCAAAAGUAUUUAAUAAAUCAAAAUGAGCCAAGAGUCUUAGGUUGGUCGCCCCCAACUUAUACCCUUAUAAGCAUUUUAGGUUUGGCCAAGUUUCUAAGGUUUUGUUCCUACUAAUAUUUUUUGUGAUCUUCGGAACACUCUUCAUAAAACAUAAUAUUUGAUUAUCUCUCUAUUCUAUUUUCGUCAUUGGUUCUUUUUUAUGCAAAGAUAAUUCUACAUUAAUAUUUUUUUUAUAAAUAGUUUUAAGCAUAUUCCAGUUAAUUUAACAGUAAAAGUACUUAAUUAUAGGCAUUUUACCACACGCACUAAUUACUUAUUAUCACUUUCAACACUUCAAUGUAAAUAGGUAAUUGCUUCUCUAUAUAAUCAGUAGUUUCAGCACCUAAAAAUAUUUUUAGGUACUUGAUGUUUCUGGGCUAUUUUUAAUCAGACCCAUAGUUUGUCAGACACGGUUAAAGGACCACGCGUUUUUCAUUUUUCAAAGUGGGGCUUGCCUGACUAUGGACUUUUUUUCCACAUUAGUAAUGUUAAUGGCUUUGUCUUUUGGAAUUUUGGAGUCUUGGAAUUCAAAUCAUGCAAUUACUGGGAAAUGGCCAACUUGCAGUAGUACUCAGUCAAAUGGGAAAUGGGAAUGUGAGACUUUAUGGAGGACUUUCCCACUUAUUAUACUAGUUGAAACUUUUUCCAUUUUGUCAUCAUUUUAAAACAGAUCUCUAUUGUUAUCUAAGGUAAGAGAGCUAUGGCUUAUGCUGCUGUGACCUCUCUUAUGUCUACUCUAGGAUUGCUAAUGCAAUCCAAUUCAUGUUUAAACCUUCCCCAAGAAAAGCAAACUGAAUCUCUUUGCAAAAAAAUAAGAGAACGGAUUCAAUCCUUUCGCGAAAAACUUCGUUUGCUACAGGAGUGUCUAGAAAACUUGGACAAGAACAUUGAUGAUCGUAAAGCAGUCGAACGAUGUGAAGGAAAGAUCAAACUUGCAGCACGUGAUGCAGAAUAUGGAACUGAAUCAGUAUUGGAAAAGAUAUAUAAGGCUGAAAAUGAAAAGGUUCGGAGAGAAGCUUAUGAGGAGCUUUACAAGAGGUUGCAACAAGCAUCUAAGUCCAUUAAUUCCAACUGCGGAAAGUUGACUCAAAGUAUGAAGAGUACCGGUUUGCAGGCAGCAACUACUUCUCUGGUCCAUAGUUUUGAUCUACCAGAACAUUCUCCGCAGCUUGACAACUGUAUGGUCGGACAUGUAAAUGAGCUUGAGGAUAUGAAGAGUAAACUCAUGGAAACCUUGUCCAAUGAAAGUGAAAUUGUGGCAAUCGUAGGUAUGGGAGGCAUCGGGAAAACAACAUUUGCUAGAAGAGUUUAUGAUGAUCCAACAAUAAAAUCACAUUUUGACAUUCUAGCAUGGGCUACUAUGUCAAAGCAAUACUGUGUUAGAAGAAUGUUGUUGCAGCUUCUUCAUUGUAUUCCAUCAACCAAGGAUGUAAUCCGCGAGGAAAUGGAUGAUGGUGAUCUAGCUGGCAAAUUGAAACAAAGGUUGUCGAAGCGCAGGUACCUAAUCGUCAUUGAUGAUAUAUGGAGCACUGAUGCUUGGGAUGAUAUAAGUCAAUGGUUUCCAGAUUGCAGAGGAAGUCACAUCCUACUUACAACAAGGUGCGGUAAUGUGGCCAGUUAUGCUGCUCCAGAUUAUUGUCACGGGGUGCCUUUGACGAUUACUAUAGUUGCUGGGCUUUUAUCUAAAUGCAACAAUGCACUAGAUGGAUGGGAGCAAGUUGCACAAGAUGUAAAAUCAGCAAUAUUUAAAGAUCCUGGUCGACAAUGUGAAAAGGUCCUUGCUUUAAGUUACUAUUAUCUACCUCAACACCUAAAAGCUUGCUUUCUAUAUUUUGGGGUUUUUCCCGGAGAUGAUGAGGUUAACGUGACAAGAUUAAUCAACCUAUGGGUUGCAGAGGGACUUUUGAAGGAAGCUGAUGAUACUAAAAGUUUGGAGGAUGUAGCUGAAGAAUGUUUACAAGAACUUAUAGAUAGAAAUUUGGUUCUCGUAGGCCAGCAGAAUUUUUGUGGGGAGGUGGAAACAUGUAAGAUCCAUGAUCUCUUACAUGAGUUAUGCUUGAGACAAGCUCGAGGUGAGAACUUCCUACCUGUUAUAAGUAACGAAACAUGGAACCAAUUAGCCCCACGUGUCUCCCGAUCAUUCAUACAGGUCUGUCUGAUGAAAGUUCGAUCAAUUAUUGGUUUUCAUUGGUUAAACUCUCAUGAUCACUAUGAUCCAAAUAAAAUCCACACUUUUCUCUAUCGAGGUGAACGUGUGUACAUUGUUGAUCAACGGGGAAAUAUUGUAGCUGAUUGUGAAAGAAAGAAGACCGAAAUAUUAGAAUUCAAGAAUUUCAAAAUGAUCAGAGUGUUGGACUUGAGAAUGUUAUGCCUUCGUGAUGGUGUUCCAACCUUAUUUUAUCUGGUGCAUCUAAGGUACCUACAUUUGUCCAUUAACGGUCAUAAAUGUCUCCCUCGUUUCAAAUUUCAAAAUUUGCAAGUUUUGAUUGUUGAAAGAGAAAACCCUGGGAGCGUUAUGAUGCGUAUAGAAAUUUGGAGGAUGCCACAGUUAAGGUAUGUUCAGUUUAUGAAUACAGGAUGGCGAUGUCCUCCGAAUAUUCCCAACGAUGAAGGGGGGGAGCAUAAUGCAAUAUUGGAACACCUACACACCAUAACCGGAGUUGGUCCAUCAUGGUGUAAAGAAGAAAUAUUUGCACUAAUGCCUAACUUGAAGAAAUUGCAGGUUGUGGUUGACCGCAAUGAUGAGGAAUCCCUCGAUGAUAUCCGGUCUUCUGAUGAUUGGGAUUACUUGUGGCCGAAAAAUCCCGCACAUGAUGCCUUUUUUAAAAAUCUGAGCGCUUUUCCGCCAACUCUUAGAAGGCUGACAUUAUGCGGGUUAUGUCUUAAUUGGGCGGCUAUGGACAUUGUAGGCAUGUUGCCUAACCUCGAGGCACUCGAAUUGAAAGACAACGCAUGCGGACAUUAUUCUCUGACCACGUGGAGAUCCGGUAGAGGUAUGUUUUCUCGAUUAAAGUUCUUGUCACUACAUAAUAUGUUAUUUUUCACGAAGUGGAAAGCUGUCGAUCUCGAUGAUCAUUUUCCUGUCCUGGAGAGACUUUUGUUGUCUCAUUGCAAAUGGCUAAAAGAGAUUCCACAAGAAUUUGCUAAUAUUUCAACACUGCAAGUGAUUGAGUUACGUGAGUGUAGUGUUCACCUGGCAAAAUCAGCAAAGCAGCUUCAACAAGAGCAAGAAGACAUCUUUGGAUGCCAAGUUACUAAUGUCCUUGAAUCCAAUUGUAGAUACGGUUAAAUCAUCCAUAUUUCAUGCUUUGACAAAUAUAUAAAUAAAAUAUAGCAUACUACUAUUUUUUUUAAUUGUGAGUCUUAACAUUUCUUUCUUCUAGAGGCUUUAUUGGCUCAAUCUCAUGACUAUCCGUUAGGGUCUCGUUUUUUGCCCUUGAUCCCUAACAUAGCUCCAACCUGAAUCCUGAACUAUUAAUUAAAAUUUGAGGGUUAAAUGUGGACCUUUUCCUCAAAGAACUUGGACACGUGGAGUUCACUCAUUUCAUGUUGGAGCUUCGUUGAUGGCAAGGGUAAAUACGAAAUAAUUUACUAAUGACAAGAGUAUGAAUGGACCAAAAGCGUAACGGUUGAAAAAAUUGAUGAGGAAUUUCGCAUAGUACAGGGGCUCCUUUUGACAUUUUUGCUUUUGUUUUUAUUCCUUCUUGAAAGACGUGCGACACUUUUUUUUUUUUUCACUUGGUGUCCAGUACUCUCUUUGUGGCCUAUUAAAUUGGAUUCUCGACGCAUAAGACCCAUGUAUAAGGGAAAUUGGGAAAGCACUUCCUACAAGGAUUUUUUUUCCAUUUCCAAAACAGGUGGAGGGUCUUGUCCAUCCAUCCACGCAGAGGCAGAUCUAGGAUUUGAAGGUUGUAGGUUCCCAGUUAGGGCUGCUUACCAGCAUGCUUGGUUUGGUUAGAUUUUGUUUGUUAUCGAUUCGAUUUAUCGGUUAUUAGUUUGUACACAAGAUAAAUCGAUAACCGAACGAAUAAGAUAUUUGUUAUCGGUCAUCAGUUAUUCGGUUAACGGUGCUUAACUGUUCAGUUAUUGGUUUAGCGGAUAAAAAAUGUCUUCU